AUGGCCUCUUCUUCCGGCUCUGUCUCUGUUCUUUCAAUCGGUACAUCUCCAGCUUCUAUCUUUUUAGCAUGGCGAAUUCACGAGUCCCGUUCCGCUUAUCAAGUCUCUGUCGCUUGGCCUGGUGUACCAACUGAUCUUAAUCCUAAGGUAAAUGUCCCAGUACGUUCAGCAAAGUUUGGUACAAACUCAGCUUUUACUCCUAUCGCAACUUAUGAUCUUGCUACACUUUACUCUACUCUAACUCCAACUUCAUCAACUUCAAUUCAAGAUCAUAAUCAUCACCCAUUAUACGAUUUUGUAAUUCUGGCACCAUCUUCUCUUAAAUCUCUCGCAGGUUUCCCUCGUGCUGUGGCCCAAUCAGGUAUCAUCACUCCUGGUCAUACAAUUAUCAUUGUAGAUUCUACAAAUUACAUCUCACUCCACUCAAUUGUGGCCAGCAAAUUCCCCCAAAACCCAGUCUGUGCAUUCUACACUGAAGCCAACCUGAGACAAUCCCCUCCUCCAGGAAUGGAAUUGCUCCACUCCGGUGCCUCCACCAAAACUGUCUUUUCUCAAAUGCCAUCUCCCUUUUCAACUGCCCCUGCCCUGGCCCAAAAAUAUAAGGCUCUUGUUUUGACCUUACAAACUUCUGGCUUAGACGCCACCAUUGCCCCUAACUACGAUGCUGCACAAUGGCCUCAUAUCCUUCCAGCUGUAGCUUUAGACCCUUUAACUGUUCUCCUCGAAGCCCCAACUGCUCAAGGACUCAUUUCAAAUGUUCUAUCCAAACCCCUCUAUUCAGGCGUUGCCCGAGAACUUAUGCAGUUGGCCCAAAAACAUGCCGGCGUGACUUUCCCGCAGGGCGGCAGCGUGGAGAGUUUGGUCGACGACUAUGUGGCCACCCCCCCAUUUAGUACUGGCACUGGUACUACCAAAUCCACAACCACCCACACUGCUGCUGCUUCUUCUAGUAGUGCUGCUUCUACUUCUACUUCUACUUCUACUUCUACUUCUACUUCUGCUGCUGCUUCUGCUGCUGUUGCUGCCUCUUCUUCCCUUUCUUCUUCCUCUCCCUUUUCUUCUUCUUCCUCUUCCUCUCCCUUUUCUUCUUCUUCUUCUUCCUCUUCUUCCUCCUCUAUUAUACCUUAUCUCACUUCACCUCUCCUAUUUUACAACUACUACCAUAACUUACCCGUCCGCCCAGACCUUCUCCUCCUCCAUCCUAUUCUACUCGCCGACGACUACGGCAUUAAAACACCAUAUCUCGAGUCGGUCUUUGCCUUUUUAUCUCAAAUGGGCUUUUUUAAUUCUUUGGACUCUUCUGUCCUUUUGACCCGCAUCAAACCAAAAAGCAAAAAUUCUAAAAAUGUUACUCCCGUCACUGAACCUGACCCUAUCUCCGACCAACCCACCGGAACGGAAACCUUCUCGGAUCCUACAGAUUUAACCCCUCCAAGUACCGCAACCACUACUGCAGCUUCCUCUGCUGCCUCUUCUGCAGGUUCCGCAUCUGAAGAUUCUUCCGCAUCAUCUGCAAACUCUUCCGAUGAUGGCUCCGCAGCAGCUUCCUCGGCUCUUCAAGCCAAGUUUAAACAACUUGAGCUUAAAGAACAUGCUCUUAAUGAGCGUGAACAAAAUCUGAUUCAGCGAGAUGCUAAACUGUCUCACUGGGAAAUGUCGUUGCAACGUCAGCAACCGCCUGCUGGUUCUGUUAGUCAACAACAACUUCAACAACAGCAUCAUCAUCAACAACAACAGCAGCAGCAGCAGCAGCAACAACAACAGCAGCAGCAGCAACAACAGCAGCUACAGCAACAACCUAUGAUGCCUUCUGGCCCCAUAGGUACUCCUCUUUCCGGAGUCCCUUCAAGAACCCGUGCUUCCGUAAGUGGACCGGUUCCUAUAAAACAACAACAACAACAGCAACAACAAUAUCAACAGCGACCUCAAUCUUAUAGCACUAGAUCUUCACAUCAGUUAAAUGGCAUGAACGGCAAAGCACCCGGAAAUUAUUUGGGACCCCCUCCACCAAAUGGAUACAUGACUCCUAAUAAUAAUAAUAAUAAUAAUAAUAAUAAUAAUAAUUAUGGCCCAGGGGCCCCUUAUAACCAAGGUUUCCCCCCUCCUCCACCAGAACCUAUGCCUGACGUUGAAAACCUCGACAUGAUGUCCCUAACUUCAAGGAAAAACCGCCGGUCAAUGUCGACCACAAUUGGCGGGCGCAACGUGCGCGGGUCGCAGUCGUCGUUAUCUUUAUCUCAAAUGCAAAUGGGUAAUAAUGUUCCUUCCAAUGGAAGAUCUUCCGCGGCUUCGGCAUUUCGCAGCGGGUCUUCACUGAGCGUGGUUAGUCCGUCGCCCAACAUGGGCGGUGCAUACAAUAAUUUUUACAAUAAUAAUAUUAAUGGGGGGCCGUACCCGGGACGAAUGUCUGUGACGGACUUUACGCUGAGCGCUGGUCUUACGUCUCCUACAGCAGAUUUGGAUACGUUUUCGUCGCUUACGUCUAAUCGCUACGCGGCCGUGGAUAGUGCUCGGCUGGCCAAAUCUCGCUCCAACUCGUUGACACUUGACAAUCUCAUGGCUAAGCAACAUCCAAAUCAUGGUCAUGUUGCUCAUAAUAGUAAUGGUAACAGCAGUUAUCAACAGCAAUUACAAAUGCAAACUCAGCAAUAUAUGUUGCAGCAAUCUCGUGGGUCUCAUCAUUCGGCUUCAACUCCGGCACUUAACACUGGCAUGUUUAAUAAUAACCCUUAUAUGAAUGGUAACCCAUACAAUGAUAUUAAUAAUAAUAAUAAUAAUAAUAAUAAUAGUGGUUAUGGAGGGAUGAUGAUUCCUCCUUCUACAGCUCAAUAUGGUGGUUCUUCUGCAACACCUUCUCCUGGGGCCUUAUCAAGACGAUCAAGUUAUACAGCAUAUCCACCUAAUGGAGACAGCCAGGUGCCGUCUCGACGAUCAUCACCUAGGGAGCAAGGAGUUUUCCCUGUGAAUGGAGGCCAGCAGCAACAGCAACUUGAACAGAUUCCUCAAGGUAUGCCUAUGCAUAAGGUGAUUUCUGGUACUACCAAUGGUUUAAGCCCUCACAGUUCAGUUACUACUACGGUUCCCAAUGGCGAUGAUAUUUCAACAGUUAAUGGUGGGGCGAUGAAGAGAGCUUCAGGACCUACGUUUUUCAUUGGUACCGGGGCGGCUUGA